AGCAAUCCAAGGAGAAGUUCACAGUGUACUUUCACUUAUCCAUCCUUUGAAAACCUUGCAUGGGGGCAUACCACUGAGACAAAUGGAGAAUUUCCUGAAGGAAAUAAGUUCGCAUGAACCUGAUCUAACUCCUGACCCACGGAUAAAAUGGAAGACAUCGCCAGAAGAGGGUAGCGAGGAUAGCAAGGAUGGUAGUAUCACCUCGCCUUUGGUGCGAGAUCUUGCAGACAGCAUACCCGAAGGACAAGAUGGUAUUGACAUUGCUGAAUUUGAGUCAUGUGAAGUUUUCGAGAAAGAGACAUAUGUUUAAACAAUUUCCAGGUUUUUAAUAUCUACUGUAUUAAAUAAUUAUUGUAAAAGUUUUCAGAAAUUAUUUAUUUCUAUUGUGCUAAAUUUUAUCAUAAAGUUUUGGUGUAAGGUUAUGUAGUACGUGCAUGGGCCUGUAAUUUUAAAGAAAUUUUCUUCAAAGGCUGCUUUCCGAUAACACACUGGGAAAAAUUUAUAUCAUUUCAAAACCUCAUUAAUAAUUCAUGAGGAAACCACAAAGAAAAAUCAUAAGCUUGUCGUAUCUUUGUAGGUGAUACGAGGGCGGAUCAAAAAUUCUGCCACUUGUCCGAUAUUUCUGAUAAUUCACACACAACGUCACAAAUUACAGUCACAUUCCCUCAAACUAGCUUCCUCCGACUUCUAUACAUCGUUGCCUCCUCGUUCUCCAUUUCUGAAAGCACUGGCGGUAUUCUGAAGCAGGUAUAUCCCUCAUCACAGAAUGGACGGCUUUAGCAAGGUCGUGGAUCCGACGGCCUUCCAGCAAUGGUAGAUUGUAUUUUAGAAAGACCCCAGAAGUCGCAAGGAGCCAGGUCUGGUGAGUAUGGUGGAUGUUCGACCAAACGGAUACCAUUCGGAUCGAGGUAAGUCUGUGUAAGGCGCGCUUUGUGAGGAC